AACUCUACAUAAUUGAAGCCACCGAAUUCAUGCUAGAACGUGUUAUGAUUUAGUCAAACUAAUAAUUUAUGAUUAAUGAGUAACUUAUUGUUAGUUUCGUAUAUUCUAACAGAUGAAGUGCGUUAUAAUCUGACAAUUAUGCAUGGAUUUAAUUCUAAUCGUAUGCAUUUCCGGUGUUGACGUGGGGUGUUGUUAGACAUUGCAAUCUACCUGUAAACAUUCGGGGUCAAUAUAGGUAAAUUUAUUACUCAGUGGGUGUAUAUAGCACGAAAUGGAAGAGGACGUUCGAGACAAAUUGAGAGAUAUAUUCGAUGUCUGCGAUGAGGAUAAAGAAGGAUUUAUAACCAUUGAUCAUUUUAAGAAUUUGGCAAAGGAACAUUUUGGUACUGAGUCUGACGGCCAGGAAAUUAUUGGUAUCAUUCAACUUUUGGACCCAGAUGGUAAAGGGAAAAUAAGUUUUGACGAGUUUUGUAGUGGAGUUGAACAGAUCACAGAUAUACGAUCACCCACCAGUACUCCAAUUCAGAAAAAGGAUCCAUUUUCGACUUUAAAUUUCGAUUUGUUAGGAGACGUAUCACCCACUGAGUGCCAAGAGACGUCGGAAGCCAGUGCUUAUACAUUCAAUGAAUAUGAUACAAAUACUGAUGAAGACAAUGGUGUGCUUAUAGAUUUAUCUACUCCUGACCCGAUACGGAGGAAUAAUAACAUACACAGGUCAUUUAAUGGUAUCCAUGACUACACAGAUUAUGGGGAAGAAGAUAUAGAAUCAGACACCUCUGAUCCAUGUCAUAACAAGAGUUGUGUAACUUGUGAUAAAAUUAGAAGUAAAAGGGGUGUGCAUUAUAAAGAAAAACAUAACCGUCGGAGUUCAGGUGCAAGAAAGUUAACAUCCACAGCAUAUGCUGCACAAUUACAUUCGAAGUCACGAAGUCCAGCACCAGACGAAGUAUUUGAUGAUAUUGAUGGAAACUUUCAACAUUUAAAUGAUAGGGUUCAGUUUCUUGAGAAACAGUUGACCAAUUUAUCAGAAGAAAAGAGUAAUACUGAUGGUGCUCAUUAUAAACUUAAAGAUGAAAACUCUGUGCUCAUGGAGAGGGCAGCAUUUAGAAAGCUGAAUACAAGAAUCCACAUGUUAGAGGAACAGGUUAAAGAUGUGGAGGUGAAGUCUGAUGAAAGAGUUUCAGAUGAACAGAAAAAAUAUAAAGAUAUACUGUCUCGUCAAGAAAGAGAAAAGUCAGAACAAAUGGAAUACUUCACUCAAAGGCUGCAGAAUUUAGAAAAAGAAAAUGAGCUGCUGAAAAUGGAAAAUCCCAGACUAAGAGGUGAAAUAGAUAGAUUAAAAAUAGAAAAAUUAGAAUUAGAAGAUAAAAUAACAGAAAUACAAGUAGAAUAUAGCUCUGUUAUGAAUGAGAACUCUGAUCUAAAGUUAAAGUUUGACAGAGAACGAGAAACUACUGGACAGCUUUUGGAUGAAUUAGGGAAAGAAUUGGGAGAAUUACGGCAAUAUAAAAUAGAAGCAGAAGUUAGACCAAGACGAGACAGUCAAAUACAAGUUCAAGGUCGAUAUCAAACUCUUCAGACGGAGAUACACAGAUUAAAAGAGGCAUUAACGGUGGAAUGGAAUUCAUUAUCACAGGAGAACAGAGGUCUACUUGAGUUAAACGAAGACUUAAAUGCUCAGUUGCUUUCACGAUGUAUAUCUGAAGGCAGAAACUUGACUGAAGGCAGCCAGGAACAGUCGUUAGCAUCAGAAUUAGAACAUCUUACUAAAACUGAGUUGAUGGGAAAAGUUCAAGAACAGGAACGUGAAUUAUUAAGACUGAAACAGUACAUUGAUAAAAUAUUAUUGGCUAUUCUAGAAAAAAAUCCUUCAAUUUUGGAAAUAGUGCGGUGAUAAUGGACAAAUGCCAGUGCUUAUGUUAUAGAAAGUGAAAAAAAGGUGUUCUGUGAUAAAACCGCUCAGGUCUCUGUUACCAUAGUUACCAUGAGAAGCAUGGUGAACUUUUAAAGUGAAAGACAUUGUGUUUUUGUCAACAUGGCAUUGACCUAUUUAUGCAAGUACUUUGAAUAGAAGGUAUCCUCCAGAUUCAUUCAUAAGAAAGCUGCUUGCAUUAUUGUUGAGAUUUUAUUGUUAUAAAAAUAAACCCCAAAAAAUGUAAAAAAAACAUUUUAGUUUUCUAUUUUUGUAAGCAUCUGAUAUUUUUGUGUAAAUUGAUUUUGUUGAUGAUUUAGAUUGAUAAUACAGCUUUGUAUAUGAAUAUUUAUUAUGCACUAGUUUUAAUACAAUAUUUUGAAAAAUUGAACUGAAGAGUUAGAUUUUUUUUAGCACCAAAAGUUUUUACAUUAAUUUAUCUGAUUUAAAUGCAUCUAAUGUGUCAUUACAUUGGAUCUUUUAAAAUUAUGAUUUUACGAGGCAAUGACAUUAAUAACACAUUUUUAAUUGAGCCUAACAAUUAGUCAGAACAUGACAAAUAGUAUCUUGUCUAUAUUAGACUUUAAUAGAAAACUUAUUUUUGAUACACAAUCGAUAAGAAAAUUAAUCAGAAAAUUCCUGAUAAAGGAGAAAUUAUGAAGUUCUUACAUUAUUCAAAAUUUUAGUUUAUUGAACACACUUGCUUCAAAGCUAUUUUAAUUCCUUGAUGAGAAAGUUCUGACGUGUUAUAAAAGUUUUCAAAAUAUUUGCAACAAUCUCCUAUUAUUUAUAUGUUUUUGUUCUAAUUUAAAAAAUGAAAAAUUGAAAAUGACUUAGAUCGAAUGAAAAUAUACUCAUGCCUAAGAUGAAUAGUGUGCAGUUUAUAUUUAUAUGUAGUUAAUGUGAAGCUGUAAAAUAAAUAAUUCAUGGAUUGUUUAUGACAAACUAUCAACACUUAUUAUAUAAGCCUUUGUAUGAGAUUGAUAUAAAGUUACAUCAACCUCAGAGAGGCACUAAGUCUGAGUUCAAUAUGCUUCUCAUUGUCUGUGUAACAUUGUAUUGACCUCAACCUAAGGCUACAAUUGAUAUAUUAUUUGUCAACAACUAUUGCAUAAAGGAUGUAAAAUUGGGGAUUUCAAGAAUGUAUUUUUUAGUAUCUUCAUGGUUUCCCUGUGCAGUAUGCUGUAUUUAACCCACAAAAGCUGAACUAAACAGUACUAGCAUUCAAACUAAGCAAAUACAAAUGUACAUGUGAUCAAGUUUUAACAAAUCACAAAUCCUUAAAAUAUUCGAUUAAUAAUAUUUUCAUUUAUGAUUUAUGUAAUUGAAUGAUUUUUGUGGUUUUUUUAUAGUUUGGCAAGAAAAUGAUGUAUUGUGUUCCCAUUUAUAAAUGUAAAAACGGGUGGGUCAGUUGAUCAGAUUAUUUUUUUUAUCUAUUCCUUUUUUUAUUCAAAGAGAAAAUAAUCAAAAUCUGAAGAAAAAAAAUAGUUUUGGUUGUUACUGACCUAUUUUUAGUCCGGGAAUUUAAGCUGAAUAAAAUCUUACACGAUGUUCAACCAUAAAAAAUUAAUUGGAAGUUUGAGUGUUUUAUAACGAAAGUUAAACAGCCAGAGACAACUGUCAAUGCUGAUCUUAAACUUGUUCUAAAAGAAUGAAAAAUCAUAUAUUGCAAAAUCCCUUUAUACAAAAAUAAUGAUUGUUAUAAAAAAAAUCAUAUAUUUAUAAUGAAAACAUUUGAUGACCAUAAAUCUUAAAUAAAUUGAAAAUUACAAAUUGUACUUUGUAAAUGUCUAAUAAAGUGAGAAGCCUAGUUACCAUCAAAAUUUUCACUUUAAGCUUAUACAUGCAUGCAUAGUGCUUUGACUUUCUUACCCAUCGACCAUUAUAAUGCACACAAAAGUCCAUUCACAAAAGUUCCCAUAUAUAUUUACAUAUAGUUUGUCUGUUAUUAUGUCAUAUCUAGCUGCCCCAAUGGCAGUUACUGCUUCAGAGGAGUUUGACCCAAUCUAUUUUCUUGUAACGAUAUCAUUUUCCUUGUGAGGCAAAUUGUUAAAAAAAAAUUGUUCUCCCUAUUUUUAAACUUUUUCUAGUAGGCACUCCAAAAUCUGGAAGCUGUUGCUGAAUGAAAAUGAUUUUCAAAAUCCCAAAGAAAACAAAAAAUUCAUCUUAACACUAUGCAAUUUUUAAAUGACGAAAAAAAACAAAUAAAAGCACGAUACAUAUCUACUCAGUAAUAUGUUCAUUAAUUCAUCAUUCACCAAUUACAUUAUUUAUUAUUCAGUUUGAUAAAGAUGCAAUAAAUGUAUUUUGUCCAUUUUAAUGCCAGAGUACUUAUUUAUUUAUUUAAUUGUCUAUUUCUAGUCAUCUAAUAAUUGUCUCCCAUUGGUACCAGUUUAAAAUCUGUUGUUUUAUUUAUUGUGAAAACAAAUCCUUGUACAGAAUAGCCAUAUCACCUGUUAAAAACUGUCAGUGUAGUUUUUAUAACUUUUAUGUUUUGUGUCGAGUAUAAAUGUUGCAGUGUUAUGAUAAAAUCAUAAUAUUUUUUCAUCCUAUGUAGUUUUUAAGUUAUUUUAUUUAUGAUAUUCAAUUGUAUAAUUUUUAAUUUUAAAUAACUUCAACACACUCCGGUUCUUCAAAAUUUGUACAAAUAUUUUUUUUUACAAAUGCUAAAAUAUCAAGGACAAAAGGUUUCAAUAAGGGGGUUGUAAAAUUUCACCUAUUAAAAUGAAAAUGUAUAAGGUAAAUGAAACAAAAAUGGACAAAAUGUUAUAUUUGUGUACAAAAACGUUUUUUCCAACUUAUUUUGUUUAUAAGAAUACCGAAACAUUCCUAUCUUACUGCCUUUUUAUACAUUGAAUUUAUAUUUUAUACAUGUACAUAAAUAUUGGAGUUUGAAGUCCUAGUAAAAGCUACCUGUGAUGAAAUUUUAAAUAUUUUCAAAAGUUUUUUCUCUUAUGGUCAUUAAUGCAUACUGCCUUUAUUGAUGUCUCAAAUAUUUUCAAUUUUCAUUUUUGCCAAUAUCAUUGAUUUCGAUGAAUGUAUGUUAUUUAAAAAUAUCCUUGGACUAGUAAAUGAAUGUAUCUAUUGGUCUGGGGACAUUCUAAUCAUUGUUUUGCUAUGAUAAGAAUUCCAUUACAUUGAUCUUCUUUGACUUUUGUAUUAAUUGAUAAAUUGUGGUUGUAAACAGCUUUGCUAUUUCACAAUUUGGCUGUUGAAGAUUUUUGUAUUGUUAAUUAAUGUUCUCAUAAAACAUUCCAUUUGAAAUCUUAAUCAUGGUAAUUAAAUUAAAUUUUCAUAAUUGAUUCACCACUGCUCUCUUAGUUUCUAUAAUAUUACAUGCUUUUGAUUAAUAUGAGGCAGGCGUUUGAUUACCUUGCAAAUAAUUGCAGCUUUUUUUUUUUGGGAGAACUGUAUUUUUCAUCUUACAAAUAAAAAUUAUUAUAAAAUGGUGUGAGAAUUACUUGUUAGACAAGUAAGCAUACUCAUAUAUUUCUGAUAUGACAUGGAAUAAAAUGUUAAAAAAACUCAAAUCUUGCAAAACAUGUUUCAAGAUCACAAAUAAAAUCUAUUUGAAACUUA